AUUCUCUGGAGAGUCGAGCGAACUGAAAACACCGCUACCUUUGAACAAGAUGACCUCGAACUUUGUGGCGACAGCACACUCAUCAGCGGCACCUGCUGCUCAUCGUUUCAAAUCUAAUUUUACACCUCGACAAUUCCUGCCCCGUUUUCAACGAGGAUUAGGAAUGAGCAGUAACGGCAGUGUCCCAUUGGCAUCCGAUACAGUUUCGUCUAAAGGGUCAUUGGAGGGAAAUCUUUCUUUGAGCCAACAUCACUACAAGGACUACCCAGAAGAUAAAUCCGAGUCAUUUGAUUCCCGACUACCCAUGUCCAAUCGAGAUAAGCAGCCUUAUUACCCUCAGUACUAUUCAUGGUCGCAUUUUCAAGAUCAUUCAAACAACAGGCCUUUCUAAUGUUCGUAGUAGAUAUUUUCAAACGAAACGCUUCUAAAUUUGAAGUACAUUUUCCUUUUUUUUUUUCCUUUUUCUUUCCUUUUUUUGUGUUGAUAAUCAAAUUCUUUUUAGAGACAGUUUUCAUGUUUUAAACCUUGUUUGACAUUAGGGUGAAGAACGUUUCGAAUUUUCUUUUUUGUUGAAAACAGCAAAAUACAAACCACCGGUCGAUUGUAA